CCCCUGCUGAGUUUUACGCUUGAAGCGGGGAGUGUGAGCGGAGGAAGAACGGCAGCCGGAGGGCAACUUUCGAGUGGAACAUCACAAAAAUAGCUUUCUGUACUGUUCGAGAAUGGCUCAAAUAACGAGCGACGGGGCCGAACAAGAUUCCCAGCCGACGUCGGAUCAAAACGGAACCAGGGAAACAGCAGAAACCGGCAAAGAGGGACAGGCCGUGCCGGACCCCAAACAGGAACCGGGCGACAACAACGAGCACAGAGCAGGAAUGGACGUGAACAGUGGUCGUGGUGCGGCGGCGGAGGACGGGGACGACCUGUCUCCUGUUCGCGAAGACGGCAAAGAAAGAGCGGUACCGACCGAAAAGACCGGCAACGACGAAGGGGAACCCGGUGGUAAACUCUCUGAACCGGGGAAAAGUCCCGCACAGGGGAGUUUGGCGAGUAGCACUGAUUCCGCACAAGAGGACUCCCGGGUGCUGAAACAAGAACAAAGAGAGGCAGAGAACGUGUUCUCCUCACCGCCGAGCGAGCACACAAAGACGGCGGAGAAAGCCGAGCACGGCACCAAAAUACAAGCCGGCGUGGAGCUGAGCUCGUCUAAUGGAGAGCCGCUCAGCCGGAUGGAUUCCGAGGACAGGUCUGUUAACUUGUGUGCGUGAAGAGGCCUAGAAACACCGAGAGGUUAUGUGAGGUCUCACCACGAUGCCGACUGCACUGUCUUCAAGAGUUAGCUAAGAAAUGUGCGUGUAGCAGGGCACGGUGUCGGUCCGAGGAACGUUCCGUGAACCGAGGCGUGCUCUACGGGUUCACUAAACGGUCCCCGGGGUUAUUCGGCGAAGUUUUGAACAUGCGUCUGCGGUGACGACAACGUUCCGUUAACCGCACGACUGUGUGUUCUGUGAACGUUGUCGGAGGGUUUUGAGUAGGUUGUUGUUAUUAAUAAGUGAAGUGUUGCUCUCUUGUCAUAGGUCAUAUCUGAGAACAGCACGCGUCUCUAGCUAUGGGGCGAAUCCCUUUAUCAGCUCCCAGCUAUGCCACUCAUUCCUCCGCCGGCUAUCGCGGUGGUGCUGGAGCUAUGUGACCGCGGCAGGCGUUCCUUCCCCCGCUACUUCUUCCAUCUCCCCGCGGGCGGUCGGCGGGAGCAACCUCCGGCAGAUUUGGGAGAUGGACCUCUGCAGUGUUGUUCAAGCUGUCAAACAGUAAUAAUUCAACAACACUACAACUUAAUGUUUCAGUGUGAUCGCCUGAUAAAUCGAAACGAUUGGUAGUUAAGGAAUUGCAGCAAUAACAUUAGUAUAUGUUUUGUGAAUUUGUUGAACUGAUAAAAUAAUACCGAUCAAACAAAUACAAUUAACAAAACAAUCGUAUCUAAUCGGGUGAUUGUUACUCGUCAGUUUCACCAAACAUUCGUGUCAAUAUCUGGUUUGUGUGUCACCACUGCUCAUUGCAAUAAUAUCCAAAACCAUUGUGAAUGAGAUCAGAUCCUUCAGAAGCAGCUCCACAAACACGGACGAGUCACCGCUGAAGUUUACACCGAGUGUCGGCGGGACUAAAGCUAAUGUAACACUCAUCUUCCGCAAAAUUAGUGAUAAAACAGCAUUUUAUAAAAAAAAUGCUGAAGUGGCAUUUUUGUGUAGUACCAACAUGUUCCCACCAGAGUCAUGUGUACUUGUACUGCGAAUUAUUAUCUUUAUAUCCUGAAGUCCAGAUGAUAUAUAAUGUAUCCGUUACCAUAACUUUCUGGUGUUAAUGGUAAAUUUCACUUUAUAAUAUAGUUUGUUUCUCCUCAUGAUGACUGAGACGUCCACGCAACAAGCAACACGUCUUCACACACACACACACACAUCACUAACAACAGUUUAAUGAUCAAUCAGCAGAAACAGAGCUGGUUGACCUGCUAACCACUACUUUGAUAGUAAAGUAAAAUAUGGAUUAUUGAAACAAACAAUCAAAGAUUUGGAUUAUAACUCGCACACUUACUAAAAGGCUGUAAGGAAGGUUCUUUAGAAAGGUGACUUCCCCUUAAGGCCUCUGACGCACUGAAACUGUGCGAAUCAUUUAGAGUAGCUGUUAAACGGGUUAAAUCCUGAACCGUGGCCAGAUAUCAUCUAACCACGCUCGGUACACACACACACACACACACACCAGUCGUGCCAACGAGGAGGGAAAUGACGACACUAACACGGCUGUGAAACCUGUACUGUGCACACCUACCCGGCUGCUUGUGAGGUUCAGUAUGAGUAACAGGACAGGCAUCCGUGGAAGCUCCACUCGUAGUCCCACUUUGAUUACAGGAAAUGGAACUAUUACCCAGGAGUCUUCUCCACCUCCCUGUUGAUUCAUAUUUUGAAAUGUUCCUCUAUUAAUUCAUCUGUAAACAGCUUUGUCUCAUUGAAACACCAGUAGUAGUUGCUGUGAUUGUUGACGCAACGAUACGAUGCUGAAUGUCCCCUCAGGUUUGUCCCUUCCAGUUUUUGGAGAUCCCACAGUUUAGUCCGAGCGUGACCCCGAUGCUGUGUUCACACUACGAGCGGCUGAGCGUGUGUAGCUGUCCCGUUCAGCGCUGUGUAACGACAUAACUCCACCAACCGCUGCCCGAGCAGCACUUCAGCCGACACCGGCCCACUAUGUAGAAGGCCACGCUUCUCUGUGUUGUUGCUCGUCGUGUGAACACUGCAUCAUUCAGACGGGUGUGACAUCAGUCAUUGUGUUAUUGUCUGGAGACUAGGCUGCCAUCCAAUCAAAUGUACUUGACUUGUGCAGAUUUCAAAGUACAACACAUUUAGUGUUCUUGUAGAGUAAAGGAGCUGUUCAGGACGAAUGGACUACAGUCUUAGGUAUUUCCUUUUGGUUGAACCACGUUCUUCAUCGGUGGGUGGAGCUUGCUUCAAAAAGUUGCUGUAAAAAAUAAUGAAUCUUUAAAUACUGUGUGUUUGUCGAGCAAACGCCACCCACUGAUGAAGACAGUGAGAACUGGCUGAAAGCUCCAGAAGAGCUACUACAUGGACCGUGAGUCAGGAGUUCUUAUAUUUGUAAGUUGCAGAAGUACGUGUUUGUGGAGACUGGAGAGCUGCAGUAUUGGUUCGACUUUGUUUAAUGACAUUUGAAGGCACUGAGCAGUAAGUGAGACAUUAAGUGUGGAAGUGGCUCAUAAAGGUCUACUCUGCUCCUGUUUCUCUGCCCCUAACGUUUGUAAUCCUGCUGUUGUGGCAGCUGUAUGACUUCACUGUAUCUUUUGUUCCCUCACACAGCAGAGAGGCAGCUGGUGUGUGUGUGUGUGUGUGUGUGUGUGUGUGUGUGUGUGUG